CCCUCUGCGCAUGCGCGGCCGGCCGGCCCGCCCGCCUCGGCUGUCAAGGCUGAAGCGGAUGUUUUUAACGGACACGCGGCGGGAGCGAGCAGUCGGUUCGGAGCGAGGAAAAUGGAAAAGCUGAAGUGAAGUGGGUCCGGUUUUAAUCCGGGGUGAGCGGGAAAGACCGAAACAACAAAACAAUCAAUUGACCCCGAAACCGCGGCGUUCGACGAUGUCGCGCGCUGGGCCGCCGUCCGCCGCUUACUCGGCCGCCUACUCCGCCGCCUACCUGUUGCUGCUGCUGCUGGGGCUGCCCGGCCGGGCCGCCGCCGCCGCCUUCCCCGAGCAGCUCGGCGCCAAGGAGGAGCCGGUGAUCGCGGCGGUGAACGUGUCGUACGUGGAGCCGGGCAGCGGGCACCUGCAGCCGGUGCUGGGCCGCGCCGAUGACGGCCGCUACGGCCGCGACUCCCCCAAGCAGGACGUGGAGGGCGGCACGGUGCUCGCCCCGGUCUGGGUGCCCGGCACCGCCCGCAACCGCCAGGGCUGCGAGCCGCACACCCGCUUCGCCGUGCCGCCCAACACCCGGCGCUGGAUCGCCCUGCUGCACCGCGGCAGCUGCACCUUCAAGGAGAAGAUCCUGAAGGCGGCCGCGCACAAGGCCACCGCCGUGGUCAUCUACAACAACGUGAGCGACGAGAGCCUGGUCACCAUGGCGCACAAAGGAACUGGUAACAUAGUUGCCAUCAUGAUUUCUGAACGAAGAGGUCGUGAGAUUCUGAGCUAUGUGGAAAGAAACCUCACUGUGUUGAUGUCCAUAACAGUUGGAUCACCACAUUCUCCGAUUGUUAACCGUGGCUCUCUGGUCUUCGUUUCCAUAUCAUUUAUUGUACUGAUGAUCAUUUCCCUGGCAUGGCUGAUCUUUUAUUUCAUCCAGAAAUUCAGAAAUGCAAACCUUCGUGGACGGAAUCAGCGUCAAUUGGGAGAUGUUGCCAAUAAAGCUAUCAGGAAGCUAACCACAAGAACAGUUAAAAGGGGAGAUAAGGAAACAGAUCCAGAAUUUGACCACUGUGCAGUCUGUAUCGAGGGAUACAAAUCUAAUGAUGUGGUCAGGAUUUUGCCAUGCAAGCAUAUCUUCCAUAAACAGUGCGUUGAUCCUUGGCUAAAUGAACACUGUACUUGCCCCAUCUGCAAACUAAACAUACUGAAGGCACUGGGAAUCUUGCCAGACUUGCAAUGUGCAGAGAAUUCAUCACUUAAUGUGGAUAGAAUGGUAAGGGGAUCACUUGCCAAUCAGAGAAAUAUGCCUACUGAUGUCACUAGUGAUGGUUCCGUCAGUCUCGAACCACUACGAUUCUUGGGGAGUUCGCAGAUGGGUCAGGAGGAAGAAUUUGCACCGCGAACCAGAGAAAUGAAUGUCACCAUAACCAAUGGCCAAAAUGAGACCAGGGACUUCAGUGCCCAGCAGACCAUGUUGUACGAGAUCAAGCUGACAGACAUUCAGCCUUCCUGUGACCACCCUGACCAGGACAAAGCAUGAUUUUGAUUCCGCCCCUGCUGGAUUUCACACCAGUCUUAAGCAUACCGCACAAAGUCUAAAGCUGCAAACCUUUAACGCGUCUUGUGGAUUCUGAUCCAAUGUAGCAAAACGUAGAGGUGAACAGUACCACAAGUUGCCUGUCUUUGCAUCAGUUUUCAUGUUAUUACUCUUCCUCAUGAUGUCACCAAACAAAAAUUAUCAUGUUGGGAUGGGAGAAUUAAAUUUACCUCAUCCCACAAAGAUUACUGUUACCAAUUGUUAAAAAGAAAUCAUAGUCUUUAAUCGUCUGGCAAGUAGAAGAUGGUGGUCAAGUAAUCCAAGUAACUGCCUCACCAGCUUCCAUUUGUGUUCCCUUGUGCACAGGAGGCACUAAGAUUACAGUGCUCAUUUGUCAACACCAGUGUCAGUAUGAAAGCCACCUUCGUGCUCUCAGAUUCUUUGUACUGACACCAGGCGACUGUCUGAAAUUUAUUUCAUGUGGCAUCUCUGAUAAGGAACCUCAACCAGUAUGUACUUUCUGGAGAUGGAUUGCGGAAUAGUGUGGGCUUUCACUAACACUGACUGUCGGGUGAGGGCUGGCAGAGCUUCUUGUGGGUGGUGACCUAUGUUCAAUGUAUUCCCUGGAAGAAUCCUGUGGACCCACUGCUUCCUCGGGUGCUGUUAUUACUGCCUUUGACCCUUUCAUUAUACUUCAGCCUUUACAGCGCACUUGGACUUGCCAAAGCAGAAUUAUAGCAGAAGACAGGUUGUUAAAUAGGGACAUGUUUCACUACCUAGUUGUGCUGCUGUGUGUGGUGAAGGGAGGUUUUAUUUCCCAAAUGACACUGUUGAUUUUAGAUCCCCAAACUAACAGUCUCAGUAUACAGAGAAAAGGAGAAUGCAUAUCAAUGCCGGAAAUCCUUAAAGGGUUAAAGUAUGAGCCAGUUAUACAAGCAAGCCUUGUUUUCACAAGUUUAGGCAGAUACUAAAUAAUCCGAUUGAAGCAUUUGAAAAGAUAAAGUUCAAGAGAAUAGAAAGAAGAAAAUGUCCUCUCUGGUGAGCAACCCUGAACAGGCAGCAUAAUAAGUACAGGGAGAUGUGAAAGAUAGACUUGCACUUUUAUGAAAUCAGGAAGGUCUCCUUCUCACUAGCAGAUAGUGAAAAUCUGGAUCAAUCUCUCCCCCAAAAACCACAAAGUUGUUUCUGGAGGAAGGGAGGGUGGUAGACAGCUAUUUGGAUCUUUCAGGAUUGAGACUGAUAGCCUUGGUAAGGUGCCCCAAGGGGUAUUGAGCUGCAGAAAAGUGGAAUUGAGGCACAGAUCAGCCAAAACUGAGUGAAUAAUGGAGCAAGUUCCAAGAGCUGACCAGCCUUGUCCUGUCCCUUUGGUGGUCACACUGAGUCCAGUCAGAAGAUUGCCUCUGAAAGCUGCAGUGAGAAAUGAUGGGUCAGACCAUGCUCUCUCCUGGGGUUACUUCAUUGAAACAUUCAUAACAGGACUUGCAAGGGCUGCUCAGCCGACACCCAGGCUACAUUGAUAUCUCAACACUGAAGAGCUGGCUUUAUCCCCACUAGGGUGAAUGCAAGAGUCCAUAGACUGGUCUAAUUGCUUUUCAGGGAAGAAGGGGGAUGAUCUGUGGUUCACCACUCCUGGUCUCUACCCACAGAUUCCCUGCUAAAGACAUCAGCUGAGACUAGAAUGGAAUCCACAAAAAGGCAGUCUGUCAGUGUCUGAGGCCUCAGAUGGUGAAGGGACAGGAAGGUAGACAGGACCUCACAGGAACCAGAGUGUGUGAGACAGAAGCAAAGAAUAGGCAUGGACAUCUUGUCCUGUGUGAUCUACCAAAGCUUGCCCCGUGUGAUAAAUCAAAUCCACCCGUGGUUACACCCCCUUCACCCUGCAUUUGCUGAUAUACUGCAGCCUCUGGCUGAUGCAGCAGCUGGAGUGGAUGCAGUGAAUGUUAAACUCAAACAACUUUCAUCUACAUUUUGAAGUACCGUACGUCCGUACGUCUGCUUGCUGCCAUUCAGUAUUGGAAUUAACGUCUUUGCUUUUGAAGAGCUGCAAAGACUUUGGCAUAGACAUCUGUUCCAGUUCACUUGCUGUGGCAUUGAACUUCACACCUCCAGGCCCUUGGUCUGUGCUGAGUUUAACCAAUCACAGGAUAAACUGUACAGAACAGGAAGGGUCCCAGACUCCAUGCUCAGCCAGGGUAGCAGGUUUCAACUACUCUGAAGGGAAUGAGUGACCAAUCCAUUAUCCAGCAGACCGUACCAGAAUGAGAGCAUGUGUCAAUAUUAACAAGCAGCAACGUGGCACAUGGUUAGAGUCUCCAAACACCUGCUGUGAGAAGUGAGAGAGAGUUGAGGUAUGGGGAGAAAUGUCCUGUCUCAUCUGUGGGAACAUGUCAUUGAAGGAAGUUGGUUCCAACCACUUGCAUUUUAGCACCUUGUGUGACAGGCGGGUGCCACUGUCCACAAGACUCCUUCUUCAUUGGAAUAAAACAUAAACUGCUAGGUUUACUCUCAGGAGUACCUGCAGAGGGAGAAGCAGAGUUAACAAUUCAUCAACCUGAAACACUUCCUCUGUUACUUUCCACGGGUUCUGCCUAAGCUGCUGAGUGUUUCCAGCAUUUUAGGUUUUACUUCAAGUUUACAGCAUUUGUAUUUUUUGAUUUUCAACCUUGGCCAUUGAGUUGCUUUGUAGUGCAAUGUGAGUAAGCUUGAGUGUGAUAUUUACCGUAGAUGUGACAUGAUCACUUGGGAAGAGUGACAUGUAAAGGCAUUAUUGCUCCUUUGGUAUUUAAGAAACCGUGCACCUUCAGAAUGAUCCCCAGACAUCACACAGUUACUAUUGGAGCUUCCCAACGUGCCUGGCCUCGGGAACCAAUACAGUUUGAAUUGUGCUGUGGUAUUCAGUCCACUGAUUAACUCUCGAGUAUCCACCUCCCCCACUCCAGAGAACAAUCACUUGCCAAUAAAUAACACUGGUGUUUAGGUGGUGAAAAGGAAUUUUAAUCUGUCAAAAUGUAUUGUACUUUGGCUACCUCAUUGUAUUGAAGGAGUUGGCUAAUGAAUUUAGGAUGUGGUUGAUAGUGAUAAAUAAAUACCUAGAAGUUAGAUUGAA